AACCCAACCCACGUGGCGCCGAGGUCGGUAGAAGUUGCCGUAAAACCCUAAAAUCUCUGGCUUGGCGAAAAGAGCAGGUUACCCAUGAAGAAGUAGACUUAGAAUGGUCCCUCUCCGUCCCUUUAACGCUGCCUUCCGAAAAGCGGCAAAGUUGCCCUUUGUUAGUUGUCUUGCCGCUCCUUUUAAGAGCGUCUGCUACUUCUCCACGCAGAAAAAACCGCCAUUGUUGGAAGAUCAGCCUCUCAAGGAAGUCAGCAACGAAGAAACUGCAGCUUUGCAGCCUGGCCGUUCCCCAGAAACGUCGAAACGUCAGGAAACUCGCCGGUUGAACUCCACACCGCAUCCCCGUGGGAAAAACAACCGCCAGGGGGAUGUUCCUGAGAAUAAACCCUUCCCAAAAUUCCGCACCAAAGCUCUGCCAUCCACCAUUAAGGAAGAAUUCCGGAACCUGAGAAAUGACGAUUUUGUCUCCAAGCAGAAAAAGCCGCAGAGACAUCUUUGUCUCCCGGAAAGGAAUCAAGGCUCGGAGAUCUUGUUUGGGACAGCCCCCUGCUCCUUGGCCCUUGGAGGGUCCAAGAGGAGGUUUUUCCAGCUCUUCCUCAAAGCGAGUCGAGAUGGAACAUCUCCCGGGGCAGAAAAAUUCUCCCAGUAUGCCGAGGAACGUGGCAUCCCGGUGAAAAGGGUGCAGAAGAAGGUCUUGGAUGCUCUUUGUAAAGGGGGAGUCCAUCAGGGGGUGUGUUUGGAAGCCUCCCCUCUCCGCCCCCUGGCAUGGCAGGAAGGGCCACUCCACCGAGCCCCGGUUGGCAAGGGGUCGCAGCGCAUCUGGCUGGUUUUGGAAGGGAUACACGAUCCCAUGAAUUUGGGGGCGGUCCUGCGGACGGCGCACUUCCUAGGGGUGGACGGGAUGGUGAUGAGUCAAAGGAACAGCUGCUCCCUGACGCCCGUGGUUAGCAAAGCCAGCUCUGGCGUCAUGGAGGUUUUCGAUGUAUUUAGCACCGAUGAUGUUCAAGAACUUCUUAAGACAAAAUCCGAAGAAGGCUGGGAAAUUCUCGGGACGGUUGGCCACGGAAAGAUUCCGGAAGACAUUCCGGUGGCUUCUUGCUCAGACUUUCGCUGGAUUGAACCCACCGUACUGUUACUCGGAAAUGAAGGUUACGGCCUACGUCCAGAGACACAAAUGCUAUGCCACAGGAUGUUGACCAUCACUCCAGGAAGGGAUUUGGAAUUUGGAGUGGAGUCCUUAAACGUGUCAGUGGCAGCUGGCAUUCUUUUGCAUGCCAUAUGCAACCAGAGAAAUACAUCUGAAAUACACCCCAGAGUUACUGCAUCUGAAGGCGAAGGAGCAGAGUCUACGGCUGCAACAGACUGCAACCAGAAGAACGAGCCAACAAACAUCCUGGCCUAGAAGAAUUCUGCGCCAUAGAGAGGAACCCAUAAAAUGGAGGCAGCCAGCAAGGCGGCCAGGAUCUAUUUUCACUGCAUGUUGUUUGUCCUUUAUCUGCACUUUGGAAUUUUAGGGGUACUUGGCAUCCUCCUUUGCAAAAUUUGAAGAGCAUCUUGUCCUACCUGAAAACAAUAAACACCUUCCUGGUA